UUCCAGCUCGGCGGCCGCGGCAGCAGCAAGGCAGCAGCACACGCACCGACGAGCCACCAUGGCGGAGAACAAGAACCUGGGCCCGAACCUCCAGGCUGGAGCGGGAUUCCUGGCCAAACGCGUGCAGAAGUCUUUCAGUCGAGCUCAGGAGAAGGUCCUGCAGAAACUGGGUAAAACCAUGGAGACCAAGGAUGAGCAGUUUGAGGUCUGUCUCCAGAACCUGAACAAGCAGCAGACUGACGGAAACAGGUUGUGUAAAGAUGUCAAAGCCUACUAUUCAGCAGUAAAAACCGUGCACGAGACGUCCAAGAGACUUUCCCAGACCCUGCGAGACGUCUAUGAGUCGGACUGGAGCGGCGUGGAGGACCUGGGGGUCAUCACAGAGAGCGAGGACCUGCUGUGGAACGACUACGAAGAGAAAAUAAAUGACCAGCUGGUCCGCACGAUGGAGAACUAUACGAGCCAGUUUCCUGAAGUGAAGGAACGAGUUGCAAAACGCGGACGGAAACUGGUGGACUACGAUUCAACCCGCCACCACCUGGAAGCUCUGCAGAGCGCCAAGAAGAAGGACGACGCCAAAAUAACCAAGGCAGAAGAGGAGUUCACCAAAGCCCAGAAUGUGUUUGAGGAGAUAAACGUGGAGCUGCGGGAGGAGCUGCCUGUUCUCCAUCAGAGUCGGAUAGGUUGUUACGUGACGGUGUUUCAGAACGUGUCAAACCUUAGAGACGUCUUCUAUAAAGAAAUGAGCGUGCUGAACCGUGAACUGUACAACGUGAUGAAGAAACUGGAGACUCAGCACUCGGGAAAAGCUUUCAUCAUCAAGGGCUUGAAUAGCAGCACAUCAAGCAAGUCCAAGAAGAGGAAGUCCCUGGUUAUCUCCAGCCCCAUUCCUUGUAACACAGCCUUCCCAGCCGACCACGUGUCCAUUCACGCCACUGAAAAUGGCAAAGAUGCUGCUCCGUCGUCCCCGGCCCAGCGGACUGAAAGCAUCUCUGAAGAGAGCACCGCCGCUGCAGCAGCAGAAGAAGAAGAAGGCAGCAGCGUCCCAUCCAAUCGCACCAGCUCAUCAGACUCCGAUCUGGGAUCCUGCGGCAGCAACACGCCCACAAGGCAGUCCAUAUGUGACGAUAACAGUUACGAGGGUCCGAACGAGGCAGAAGCCGCGGCAGAUCGGUGGGACGACUCGGCGGUGGGAGCUCCAGCGGCGGACGCUGCAGGUCAGGCAGCGAGUCAGGCAGCGAGUCAGGCAGCGAGUCAGGCAGCCGGCAGGGCCUCUGGUUCUGCACACGCUGACGCUUCUGCAGACGACGCUGAUGGUUCUGCAGACGCUGAUGGUUCUGCAGACGCUGAUGGUUCUGCAGACGCUGAUGGUUCUGCAGACGCUGAUGGUUCUGCAGACGGUGAAGGCACGCAGAGUCUUGAUGGGGGUUCUGCCGGCGACCUGCCAUCAGAGGAAGCCACAGCCAAAUGUGCCCCUCUCCCAGCCCCACGGCUGUCCUUCCACGCCACAGACGGCUGCUCCCUCCUCCCUGCAGAAGGUCAGGAGGAGGAGGAGGAUGAUGAUGAUGAUGAGGAGCAGCAAAAAGAAGUAGAAGUGUCAGACAUCCCAGAGAGAUUGGAGCCAACAGACGAGGCAACUUCACAUAAUCCACCUGGCUUUCUAUACAAGGCGGUGGCGACAGAGAGCCAGCAGCCGUCUGCAGAGGGAGGACUGACGUUCCAGCAGGGAGACGUCGUCCUGGUGAUCGCUGGAAAUACACAGCUGGACGGCCGGGUCCGAGGGAUCAGGGAGGAGAGCUGGAACCAGCACCGGGAUCUAGAGAACCACUCUGGGAUGUUCCUGGAGAACCUGGUCCAGCGUGUCCAGCCGGAGUGAGACGACGGUCCUCCUCACUGAUCACUCAUCACCUGAUCCCAUAUGUCUGUAUUUGUUUGGGCUGCAGGCGUCGUACCAACAGACGAGCCCGUCCCACGUGGAUCUUCUAUGACGUCACAGCUUGUGGAACAAAAGCAGAAUGAGCUGCAGAACAUGCAAGCGUUGGAAAAUAUUACAGUAUUUGCUCUUUGUAGUUUGUCAUUUAUUUUUUAUUUUUCAACAAGUCACUGUGAAACAAAUGAUUUUAAAAGCUGCUCUAUGUAAAAGCUGUUUUUACACAUUUUUUUUCUUUUGUUUUAAAAAAAAAAAUGCCAUUUUCUCCGAUCAAUGUAUUUUUAAGAAGCAAUGGUGGUUUGAAUUUUCUAAAUAAAAUAAAUUGCUGAGAGCUUUCAGACUAACGGUGUU